UGCUAAUGGCUAUUGCUCCCUCCGCUCCCCCAAAAAAUCUAGAGCCAGUGUCCCCAUGGCUCCCUCCGCUCCUCGAAAAAUCUAGAGCUAGCGCACCAGAGCUUUCCUCUUUCCUUUCCCUUGGCUGGGAUCCAUGGAGGCGGAGGGGAUCCUGUAGUCCUCAUCUUGAUCCUGCACUAAUGGAUCCAAGUCUUGUAGGAUGGGAUCUUCUCGGCAACGACCGCAGUGAUAAUCGGCCCUUGCCGGCGCUCACAUGGCCGGCCGCUCGCACCUCGGGCAGCCGCGGCCGUGUCGCUGCUCGGUUCGGUCGGCCGCGCCUCGGGCCCCCGCGGCCGCGGCGUUGCUUGAAUCGACCGGCGGCGCCUCGGACCUCUUCAAGAAGACGCUCGGACCCGUCAAGAAGGCCAUCGCGGACGCCAAGCUCAAGAAGACCGACAUCGACGAGAUCGGGCUCAGCGGCGGCAGCACCAAGAUCCCCAAGGUGCCGGAGCUUCUCACGGAGUUAUUCGACGGCAAGGAGCUCAACAAGCGGAUCAACGCAGACGAGGCCGUCGCGUACGGCACCGCCGUCCAGGGUAGCAUCAUCAGCGGCGAAGGCGGCGCCGACCAACAGGGCCAGGACGACCAGCAGCGGCUCUUGGCGCGCCCCACCGCCGUCUUGGACUCGGCUGUAUGCGCCUGGACGCGGUGGCGCAGCGUGCCGGGGCCAGCGCCGGUGGCCUCUGCAGGUGGGCUCUACGGCUCGUGCUCUACCGCGAUGCAACCACGGGGGAGCCCACCGUCGUCAACAUGUAUUGUUCAUCUUCCAUUGGUGAUGUUGAGCAUUUUUCUUCAAUCUUUGUUGAUGUAUACGAAGACCGGUGUUUCUUUGCAAAGACUAGUGCAUUUCUGUUUCGAAAAAAAAGACUACGCACAAAAAUAUGUGCACGUCAAUAUAAACAUCCUCAUGUGCUCGUAUAUACUAAAUAUAAUUCUUGUGAUUUGCAAAAAGAAAAGUGCAUCAGUUAUGAUUGGGUCAUCAAUUUGUUUCCAUACUAAAUAUAUAAUACUAUUUCUUACUAUGUGGUUUCUAUAGAACGUGCAUCUAAAGAUUUCAGGCAACAGUGCACACAAAUUUGUGCAUCUCACAUGUUUAAUAAUUUUGACAUUUUCUAUCUGCAUCAAAAUUUAUGCAUAGUAUGUACUGAGAUAAUUAAACAAAAUAUAUGUGCAUCUUGAACAUGUUGCAGUAAUUAAAUUAAUUCACUACGAGUUAUAAAAAUUAUUGUAAAUACUUUUUCCACAAAUAUAUAUGUGCCUAUAUUUAUUCAACAUUUAUUACUUGUUUGCCUUGCACAAAAAUUUAUGCAUCAUUAGAUGAUUUUAUUAAUAUUUUACAUAGUACACAAAUUUAUGCAGAUUAUGUGCAUCUUAAUUUAGAGUGUCCCGUAUGUGUAUCUUGAUUAAAAAAAUAUAAAAUAAAUAUGGGCCGCAACCGCAAUUAUGUGCAUCUUAAUUCUUAAUCAAGAAUCGUGUGAGUGUACACCAUGUAUCCCCACUCAUAUUUUUUGCACAGUGAUGAAUAUUUCAGCCUACGUACGCCGGGUUCAUCCGCGUUUAGUUUAAUCCUAUUUGUGCCGUGCUGUUUAGUUAAAUUUUGUUUGCGCCGUACGUGAAGUAACAAGAUACAUGCAUCAUGUAUGUGAAGUAACAAAUUUGUUAUGUGCAUGAACAUGUACACAUGUACGUCAUGGUACAUUAUUGGAGCUUCCAUCUCUAGAAUACACGAUGCACUGUUGAUUUACAGUUUCACAAUAAUAAGUGCACCGUGUACUUUAUAUUUUUAGGAUUUUUCUGUUCACUGCUUUGUUAAAAUUUUAUAUUAUUUUUUAAGCAGUGCUUACAAGGAAAAUAUAUGUGCAUUUUAGACCCUUUUACUUAUUUUUUUCAAAGAGUGCUUAUAAGGAAAAAAAAUAUAUGUGCAUUUUCUUUGCUACUUACAAAAAAGUGCAUCAUCAGACAAUUUUGUUAGAAAUGUACAUACAUCUUGAAUAAGUUACGUUUCUACCCAGCUCUCUCUAGAUUAUUUGCUGUGAAAAAAUAUUUUACAAUUUUAUGAGCAAAAGUAUAGAUAUCACCUUUUUGUGCAUUUUCAUAUUUUUCACAAGAGAAUGUGUGAGAACUUUUUCUCGUAAAGACUAGAUGCACAACCAUUCAUUGAUCAGUCCCCUAACUUGUUUUCUCAGUUCAAAAAUAAUUCAGCGCCAUAUACACGUGUAAAUGUGUCCUAGACUUUAAACCUAUUUGGAAGCAAAUUGUAACUUUCAUAUUUUUUUUAUUUUCCUUCUAUAUUUUUUUAAUCUAUUUGUACUGUUACAAGAAGAGGGACCGCGGUUCCGUGUCUCAGGGUCCAGCCACCAAAUGUACUGUGCGAGAUUCGUUGUC